UUACAUUUUACCAAUGAAAUCGAAGUUCUACUAUAUUUUCGACUAAUUUAAUAUUAAAUAAAAUAUCAUAACAUAUUUUCCUCCUUUUUUUUGAAUUUCAAGCCAUGACUCUUUUACGGAAAUUAAAUACUAAACAAGAGAUUGAUCAUGUUAUACGAACCACAGAAGAAAAGGUUUUAGUUUUGCGGUUCGGCAGAGAUGAUGAAAUAGGUUGCAUGCAAACAGAUGAUAUAAUGUCUAGAACAGAAAGUUUACUCAGUCAAAUGGCAGUGAUCUAUACAAUCAAUAUUGAUGAUGCACCAGUUUAUAAAGAUUACUUCGAUGUGACCCAUAUUCCUUCAACAGUGUUUUUCUUCAACAGUCAACACAUUAAAGUUGAUUCAGGAACUCCUGAUAACACAAAAUUUAUUGGACCUUUUCAAACGAAACAAGACUUCAUUGAUCUUGUGGAAGUUGUAUAUAGAGGUGCUAUGCACGGGAAAUACAUUGUUAAAUGUCCAAUUGAUCCAAGACGAGUGACUAACUUUGAGUUACUCUUCAAGGGGUACUGAAUUUUUUGUAUGAACAUGAUGGAAUUGAAAAUCAAACUUUAUAUUGAUAAGUUCUCAUGUACAUAAAUCCAAUACAAAUUUCAGUUGUACAAAGUUAUUUAUUUUCUAUGACUUUUAAUAUAAAACAUGUUUUGUUUGUAUAUGUAUGUAUAUAAAAUUUAGAAGAAAUUUUUUUUUCUUAAAUAAAA